AUGGCAUCUAAGGGCAUGUGGGAAGUCGAUCCCGAGACUCGGUCCAAGCUGGCCACCCUCCAGAAGGAAUCAAAGAAUAAUGUCUGCUGCGAUUGCAAUGCGCCCUCUCCCCAGUGGGCGUCUCCCAAGUUUGGCAUCUUCAUCUGCCUCUCGUGCGCUGGUGUGCAUCGAGGCCUUGGAGUCCACAUUUCAUUCGUUAGAAGUAUUUCAAUGGACGCCUUCAAGUCGAGCGAAAUCGAACGAAUGCGACUGGGCGGCAACGAGGGAUGGAGGAACUUCUUUGAAGAGCAUGAGCAAACUAAGAUGAUGGGCAUCACAUGGGAAGACUCGACUAUUGCAGAGCGAUACAGUGGUGAGGUCGGUGAGGAGUGGAAGGAGAGACUGAGUUGCAAGGUUGAGGGCCGCGAAUAUGUCCCCGGUGCGAAGAAGCCUGUGCCUGCGCCCACGAAACCCGCGUCGCGAACGGGGACUCCCAUGAGUGGUAGCUCGCGCCGCAAUGAGAGUCCUGCAGCCGCGUCAGGAGGUGGAGGCGGAGGCGGAGGCAAGGUCAAGGUAGAUGACCAGUACUUCUCAAGGCUUGGAGCCGAUAACGCUGCACGACCGGACCAUCUGCCACCCAGCCAGGGAGGAAAAUAUGCUGGAUUUGGAAGUACUCCUGCACCCAAUGCUUCGGAUAACGACCUCAACUUUGGUGAUAUACAGAAGGACGCUGUCGCGACUCUGACCAGGGGGUUCGGCUGGUUCACGUCAACAGUCUCAAAGACCGCCAAGACUGUUAAUGAUGGCUACAUUCAGCCCACUGCUAAGCAGUUUGCCGAAGGCGACUUUGCUAAGCAAGCUCAACUGACCGCUUCCGCUCUCGCAAAGCAGGCCCAAGCAGCGGGCAAGAAUGCACAGGAGGGUUUCACCAGAUUCGUGGAAGGUCCCGAGAACCAGAAAAGUCGAGAAGCCCCCCUGGAUGAGAGCAAGAAGAGCUUUUGGGAUGAGUUCUCAAAUCUGGCUGAUCAAAGACAACCCGCCAACAACUCAAUCGGCACAAGUGCUAUGGGAAUGGGCAAGAAGAGCACGGCGGCUCCACCACCAAAGAAGCAGGAUGAUGCAUGGGAUGAUUGGCGUCAUGCACUACGCCCAAAAACACAUUCGACCAAACAAGUGGUCUCAAUCCACAAGCAUAAAGAGUAUGUGUCACAUAUAACACCCAACUACUUGGCCUUCUGGAAGUCAUUUGGCAGCGUCCCUCCACUACCACCAACUAUGGUACCCAACCCGUCAACGCUCCUCUGGGGCGGUCGCUUCACAGAGAAGAUGAAUGACCUCAUGGUUACGUUCAACGAGUCGCUCCCCUUCGACAUGGCGUUGCACGAGGCCGAUGUCAGGGGCUCCAUCACCUUUGCAAAGGCACUGCGGCAGCUCGACCUGCUCACUGACGAGGAACUGAGCGAGAUCACCAGGGGCCUCGAGGCUGUCGAGAAGGAGUGGGUUGACGGGGAAUUUGUCAUCCAUCCUGCUGUUGACGAGGACAUCCACACGGCAAACGAGCGUCGUCUAGCUGAGCUUAUUGGCCCAGCCAUCGCUGGCAAGCUUCAUACAGGCCGCUCCCGCAACGAACAGAUUGCUACCGACCUGCGCCUUUGGGUGCGAACGCAGCUCGAUGACAUAUCCGAACAACUGCGCACCGCCUUGGCUGUUUGCGCUGCCCGCGCCAAGGCAGAGAUCGAUGUCCUGAUGCCCGGCUACACACACUUCCAACGCGCCCAGCCCGUUCGCUUUUCCCACUGGUUACUGUCGCACGCAACCUACCUUAUGGGUGACGUGCAACGACUUCACGGCGUCCGUGAGCGUACCAACUGUUGUCCCCUCGGUGUUGGCGCCCUGGCGGGAAACCCCUUCGGCAUCGACCGCACUUUUCUCACCAAGGACCUAGGUUUCUCCUCCGUUCACCCUAACAGCCUGGCGGCGGUCGCGGAUCGUGACUUUGCCGCCGAGAUCCUGCAGUGGUCGAGCCUGCUGAUGGUGCACCUUAGCCGCCUUAGCGAAGACUUGAUUAUCUAUUCAACAGCCGAGUUUGGUUUUAUUCGGGUUGCCGAUGAGUACAGCACCGGCAGUAGUUUGAUGCCUCAGAAGAAGAACCCCGAUAGUCUCGAGCUGAUCCGGGGAAAGGCUGGUAGGGUUAUGGGCCAGGCGUCAGGUUUUCUUUCCACCCUCAAGAGCCUUCCGACUGCGUAUAACAAGGACAUCCAGGAGUCGGUGGAGCCUCUUCUCGACUGCGUCAAGACGGUUUCGCGAUGUCUGCGAAUUGCUACCGGCGUCUUGAGCACGCUGCAGAUCAACUCCAAGAAGAUGAAGGCAGCCCUAACAGUCGACAUGCUCGCCACUGAUGUUGCCGACUAUCUAGUUGUGAAAGGCGUGCCCUUUCGGCAGACGCACCACAUCGCCGGCGCCGUUGUGCGCAAGGCUGAGGAGAAGGGUGUAUCCAUCGCCGAACUAGAGCUGCCAGACCUUAAGCAGAUCUCACCUCAGUUCGAGGCCGACAUUGCCGACGUCUUUGACUUCGAGAGGAGCGUUGAGAGAAGGACUGCCCAGGGGGGGACGAGCCGGAGCUCAGUACUAAGCCAAAUCUCCGCUAUCGAGACCUAUCUUGCUGGUAAUUAA